GCUCCCCUCAGGCCACCACAGCCGGAGCCGCCGUGUCUCCUGCUGCCCUGUCAGGAAGGUCCCCACCCCGGAGGGCUGCCCGGCCGCCGCCGCCGCUCUGCAACCUCCACCUUCACUGCCCGCCGGCCCAGGAUCCCAGCUCAGGCACCGCCGGGGACAGACCUCGCGCGUCGGGGUACUCGCCCGUGAAGCCCCGCGCAGGCGUACUACCCAAAGAAGCCGGCCAGCGAGGAAGGGGCGGGGUUUCUGCGGGCGCCGCCCAACCGGGGCUGGGCUCGCUUCCGGCGUGCUAGGCGGAGCGCUCGCUACUUCCGGGCAGUGGAAGGCGGCCCUCUCCGUCGCUGGUUGGCGACUUCCGGGUUCCUCCGAGCUUGCUUCCGCGAGGCCUUCGCUUCGUUUCCUCCUCGCCGGCCGACCGACCGAGCGACCGACCGGCGAGGGCCCUUCUUGCGGCCCUGCCAGGUUUGCCUCCCCCAGCCUCACGCCUGAGGACGCUUUCGCGGCAACUCCCGUCCUGCUAGCCAACCCACUGGAGGAUCUCGGGCCGGAAACAGCUGCCUUGAGACCAUGCCCAGAAGAAAGAGUGUGAGGUCCCUGCAGAAGCUGUGCCUGGAGAAUGUGGCUGAAAACAUGCAGCGCCUCUGGGCCAAAGAUUACACGGAGAACUACCUGGACCAGUACCAGUUCUGCUACAUUGAGGGGCCCUUCAAUGAGCUGGCUGGCUCCCUGGUGCACGAACUGCUCUGUUUAAAAGGAAAGCGCCUGACCCGUGCCAUGCUCCACUUGCUCCUGGUGCCCCAGCUGACCAAGCUGAGCUUGAGCAACUGCCCAAAGCUGGUCAACAACACCAUCACCCAGAUGAUCGGCCUGCGCUGCAAGAAUUUGUCCUCGCUGGAUCUUAUGGGCUGCAGCCGGAUCCCCAUCAAUGCUCUGGUCAACCUCAUGGAAGGCUUGCCCCAUCUCACCAAGCUGGACCUUGCCGAGACCCAGUGCAACACCCAGGUGUUGUCGGCCGUGGGCUCCUGCUGCCAGCGGCUCCGGGAGCUGGACAUCUCGUCUUGUAAGAGGAUUUCUGCAGAAUCCCUCUUCCACCUGGCCUUUGACCCCACAGCCGGUGCUUUCUGCUGCCCGGAAUUGCAGAUCCUCUCAGUGGAUGGGCUGGAGAGCAAGCCCUACAGCGACGACCUGCCCUGGGCUUUGGCUUUCCUGCUGCUGGCACUGCCCAGCCUGGCCUUCCUGGAGAACGAGUUUGUGGCCGAGGCGGUGUGCCUCCUCCACGACGAGGACUUUGAGGGGGCCCAGAUCCCAGCUGGCUUUCCCUCCAUGGAGGAGCUGGUCCAGCGCAAGAGGUCUGCCGGCAAGGCUGAGCCGGGCUCCAAGCUCACGCUGCCCCUCAGGGAGAUCCUGGAGGUGAACGAACCCUUCCUGCCAGAGGUCCGUGCGGUGUGCCCCCAGCUGGCCAAGGUGACGGUGCUCCUGGAGGACAGCCCUGGCCUCAGCCCGAGCUUCCUGCCCUGGGGCCAGCUGGCGAACCUGACCCUGGAGUGCAUGGAACUCAAGGAGCUGGGGGAGCUCUUGCCCGUGACGGCCCGCCUGGGGGCCCAGCUUCAGGCCCUCUCGGUGGAGGGCUUCUCCCUUGGCGAUGGCCCAUGCUUCUCUGUCCUGUUGAGCCACUGCCCAAAUAUCCAGAAAUUCAGUGCUUCCCUCUUCUACGCCACGAAGCCCGGCCGCCGCCGAGGAGCCACUGGCCCAGACGCCAGCCUGGCGCCCCCCGGGUUCCCUCAGCUCCGUGACUUCACCCUGUCCUUCUCUGACUUGCAUGAUGAUGUGCCACCCCCCCAGGUGCCCGUCCUGCAAGCGAGCCUCACGUCCCUGCUCUUGCGCUCCCCCUGCCUGGAAAGCGUGCUCCUGAUUGGCCUGCCCUUCUCCCUGGAUGGGGUCUUUGAGUCGGUGCUGGAGGGCACGUCCUUGCCUGGGCUCCGCUACCUGUCCUUGAUUGAAUGCAAGAUCUCCAGUCCCACCAUCCACCGUCUCCUGUCUUUGGACAAUCCACUCAGCGACCUGGACUUGGACAGGUGCCCCGACAUUCACCGGAAGGACUACGCAGAGCUCCUCCGGAGAGUCAGCAGGGAGCACCUCGAACUGCAGGUCAAGUGGAAGUGAGAAGCAGGCCCGUGGCCUGGCCAGACGGCAGCUCUGCUUGGGCGAGAGCCAGCCGGGAGCAGAGGUUAAUAAAGUUUGCAUUCUGUAA